GCCAGCCCACGCAAAGCGGCGCGCGCCAGACAGCGCAGGCGCAGCAGAACAGGCGCAGGCAGACAGACGCAGUAGCAACCAUGGCCGACGAAAAACCCAAGGAGGGAGUGAAGACUGAGAACAAUGAGCACAUCAACCUGAAAGUGGCAGGGCAGGAUGGCUCAGUGGUGCAGUUCAAGAUCAAGAGGCACACUCCUCUCAACAAACUGAUGAAAGCUUAUUGUGAACGGCAGGGGCUGUCAAUGCGGCAAAUACGAUUUCGAUUUGACGGUCAGCCCAUCAAUGAAACGGACACACCCUCGCAGUUAGAAAUGGAGGAUGAAGAUACGAUUGACGUGUUCCAACAGCAAACCGGAGGCUCUUCUCUUUAAAGACUGUUUCCUACGAACAUCCCUACCUCCCCCCUUUCAUCAAACACCUUUUGUUAUGCCCAGUCUUCAAACACUCAUGACCAGUGUUGAUACCAUCCAGUGGAAUACUUUUACAAAAUGCUCAAAGGCAGCGACACGGUUGAUGUAGAUAGAAUUAAUCACACUGUCAUUGGUAUGUUAACAUGUUUGAACUGCCAGUGUAGACUACUUGUAAGCUACAGUAUGUCUAAUGUGCUGAAGAAAUGUAAAAGUUUGCCAUGGUAAUUUCUUUUCUUUUUUCCCCUCAGUUUUUAGAAAACUUCUUGGUCUUUUUUUUUGUUUUUGUUUUUAUACUUAUGUCAUUGAGGUUUUGAUUCAGAUGGAAUUUUGUUAUUGUCAAUUAAGCCUGCAUUUUAAAUUCAGUUGUUAUGAAAAUGUAUUAUUGGAAUAAAUUGAGUCUUUUUUAACAUA